AGUCCUAUCAGAGUCGCUUCCUUAAACCCUCAAAAUUCAGAAUCGAUCUUGCCGCCGCCGAUAUGCUUCGUCGUGCCUUUUACAAGCGCGCACGUGAUGAGAUAGCUUUCUGUCAUCGCUUGUUACACGUUCCGUCUAACGAACCAGAACCUGACUCCAAGGUAAUAUCUCAAAACGAGACCAAAGACUGGCAAGAUCUGAGGAAGAACAGGCUAACAGCUAGCAACUUCUCACGCGCCAUCGGGUUCUGGCCCGAAGGUAGACGCGAGCUUUGGUUAGAGAAAGUCGGCGUAGCCAAACAGUUCUCCGGAAACGAAGCCACGUUCUGGGACGCUGAUAACGAAACCGAAGCACUCGAGAGAUAUAAACUGUUAACAGGGAACGAAGUCAUCGCUAGACCUGGAUUCGUAGUCUAUAACAAGAACGGCGAAGAGACAAACUGGCUAGGAGCUUCACCUGAUGGUUUGAUCAAAGGAACGAGUUCAACUUCUGUUGUAGAAGUUAAGUGUCCGUUUUACAAAGGUGGGGGUGGUGAUGAUGGGGAGAAGCCGAGAGGAGCGUAUCCGUGGAAGAAGGUUCCUUAUCAUUGUAUUCCGCAGCUUCAGGGUUUGAUGGAGAUUGUGGAUACGGAGUGGUUGGAUCUUUACUGCUGGACUCGUAACGGGAGCAGUCUGUUUAGAGUUUGGAGAGACAACGCGUUUUGGGAGGAGAUGAGGCCGGCGCUCGUUGAGUUUUGGGAGAAGCAUGUGGUGCCUGCGAGGGAGAUAUACAAUGACGUGGAUAUCAAGGAUCCUCAUGUGAAGCUGAGAGAGUUUAGCCCUAAGCGAAGGCAUGGAGACUGCAAGAAGAUUAUGCGUAGAGCUGAGGUGCUUAGUGAGAGCUGUAACCGUUUGUUCUAUGAAAUCGAUGGGAAUCUUGUAGAUUGAUUUUGUUUUUAUCUUUUUGUUACUUUUAAGUUGAGUGUUUACAUUGUGUACUUCUCUGUUUCUUGUUCUGAAUAAUAUGGGGAUGUGAUUCUUGUUUAUGCCAGAUCACAGAGUUUGUUGGAGAGACUUGCAUGUGUGUAAAGAGAUUGAAAGUGUUAUAUUAGAGAGGCUUUGAUCAA